GUGAAUGGAUGACUGAAUUUUGAAAUGUUGCUGUCUUCAUCUUUUACUUAUAUUGUUGUUGUCGUCUUAAAUAAUAUCUAUUUCACGCUGGUCUUGGCAAAAAAUUCUAUGCUGAUAAAUCGAACAACUUUUUUUUUGUUUUUGUUUCAAAUCAUUUAGUGUAAAAUACAAAUAAUUUAUAGUUAUUGUCAAAGUUUUUUCUUUUCAUAUAUCAGCCUUGUGUGUGUAUGGUGGUGGUGGCGAAAAGAUAGUCAUAACAAACUGAAUCCAUCGUCAAUCGUUUAUUUUUUCCUUAUUUUUUUCUGUUUGAAGACGUUUUCUAAUCAACAACUUUAACAUCAAACAUUUUUUUACUUUCAACAGUGGUUUUCAUCUCUUUUCAAUUCUCACUCUCUGUACAUCUCUUUCAUGUUUACGUCUUAAUGGUUUAAUUAUGUUUUUUUUUUAAAGUCUUCCACACACACACACACAUCAAAUCAUCAUAACACUAACCACGAUGAAUUAUUGUGAAUAAUAUUUAUUUUUUCCAACAAUUUUCGGUUAUUUUUUGUUGUUGUUGUUGUUGUUGACAACUAUUUUUUAAAAAUAAUAACCUGAUUUGAUUCUCAUUCAUUCCCAAUGGAUUUACAGACAGCAUCUAAUACUUAAGUUGUUUUGGUUUGCAAUCAUUUUUAAAAACAAAAUAUUUUCAUCGAAAAACACAUAAAUUGGGAAGAAAAAAAAAUAAUUAAUAAUAUUCAUAAAUGGAUUCGAAUACAAACAUGGAAGAAUCAACAAGUUUAACAACAUCAAAAGAAUCACGACAUCAUCAUUAUCAUUGUCAACAACGAUCAUCACCACGAUCAAUGUUACAUUAUAGUAAUCGUGAACGAAGAAUUCGUUUAAUACGUUUAGGUGCCAUUUAUUAUUUUACAUGGAUAUUAUUAAUAAUAUUUUCAUUAUUAAUACCGCCUUAUAUUUAUUUAUUGUUUCCUGAACCAGAAUGUUGGUAUGCACGUAAAAUUCAGGUGAAUUUAUCAUUAAUAUUGGCCAUCACCACAAGUGUUAUUUCAUUAUUAUUGUUUAUUGUACAAUGUAUGACAAGAAUCAAAAUAACAUUAUUUCGUCGUAAUUUUUGUCGUUUAACUUUUUUCCUAUUCACAAUGAUUGCCAUUAUCAAUUUUAUUAUUGCCAUCUAUUUUUUCAAUAUGUUUAGCUGUUAUUUUGAUCAACAUACACCGGAUGAAAUUAUUGAUGAUAAUAAUGAUUGGUUUACUAAUAUUACGAUACGUUAUGAUUUGAAAAUCAUUGCCAUUAUUCAUUUAUUAUGUUCAAUUUUGGCAUUUUUUACUGGAAUUGGUUUUGCCAUUAUUCGACAUAAUUUUAAAUAUGUUUUAAGAGUUGAAAUACAUUGAAUCUGUUUUUUUUGCUGUGUAUUAUGAU